CCGCCCCCAGGCUUGGCCACCUGCCGUCGAAACUUGUGGAUUGUUGCCCUCGGGUCGUUCCGGGGCGGGGACGCGAAACCGAGCCAUGGAACCGACGUCGGGGACUCGCGAGUCCCGGGCCCGGCCGAGAGAACGGGACCCAGACCGGCAUCCCCGCCCGGAACGAGACGGCCACCCCGAGAGACAGCGGGACAGAGCCGGGGACCGGCAUAGGGAGAGAAACGGGGGCGGGCGGAGGGACGGGGACCGGGACAGGGAGAGGAACCGGGAACCUCGCCAGGACAGGCCCAGGGCCGGGGACCAUCGCGGCGGCGAACAAAGAGUUUGGGAAAACUCCCGUCAGAGUCGGACGCGGGACGGACCCCGGCGACCGACCUGGGACGCGGCCCCGCCCCCCUGGCCCGCGACGAGGGAAACCCCGGAGCCGCCGCCCCUGCGGAAGGAGGGCCUCGGACGCCGAGGACCAGAAAGUGAACCCACUUCAGGGAGAUACUCACCCUCGAACCCCCAGCCUGGACUACAGGAAGCGGUAUAUUACCAGUCAGAGGCUGAAGGGCUCCUGGAAUGCCACAAGUGCAGAUACCUGUGCACUGGGAGAGCCUGCUGCCAAAUGCUGGAGGUUCUCCUGAACUUGCUGAUCCUGGCCUGCAGCUCUGUGUCUUACAAUUCCACGGGGGGCUACACGGGCAUCACCAGCCUGGGGGGCAUUUACUACUACCAGUAUGGAGGGGCUUACAGUGGUUUCAGUGGUGCUGAUGGGGAGAAAGCGCAGCAGUUGGACAUUCAGUUCUACCAGCUAAAGCUGCCCACGGUCACUGUGGCGAUGGCCUGCAGCGGAGCCUUCAUGGCCUUCUGCUGCCUCCUCCUCACCCUGGGCGUUCUGCGGGUGCCGUGGCACUGCCCCCCAUUGCUGGUGAUUGAAGGUGUGCUGCACGUGCUCAUUGCCGGGGCAUACAUCCCGGCCUUGUACUUCUAUUUCCACAACCUCUCGGCUGCCUACGCCUCUCCCGUGUGCAAGGAGAGGGAGGCGCUGUACCAGAGCAAAGGAUACAGUGGCUUCAGCUGCAGUUUCCAUGGGGGAGACAUUGGUGCUGGAAUCUUUGCUGCCCUGGGCAUUGGGGUCUUUGCAGUGGGGGCCGUGCUGGCCAUCAGGGGUUACCAAAAGGUCAGGAAGCUGAAGGAGAAGCCUGCAAAAAUGUUGGAGUUUUAGGCCUUUUAAAACAUUCCACCAAACUUGAGUGAUGGAAGUUACUGUGAACUACCGUCUUUCUGGAAUGCUUUGUUGUAGAAUUUGCCAGCCCUCAGGAGGUAAACAGUCCAGCUUUGGUUUGCUGGGCCGAAUUCCAGGGUACUUGGAACAGCACCACCAGAUGUAAUAAACCCUGGUUCUGGAGCCCUCUGUUGGUGAGGGACUGACCAAAAUGACUUUAAAAAAAAAAAAUGAAAAUAAAACAAUAAAAACACACCAAAACCAGAGCCCAGGAGCCACAAGGAAAAGGCAUGUGCUUUGGCAAAAUGCACUCUUGAUUGAAUAAAGGGAGAUAACCAAGGGAACCUUAUCCUCAGUGUGCAUGAAAAGCCACAUAGACAUGAAAAAAACAUUUCAGCCUUAAGUCCUCUAAACACAGCUGUCUCAAGCAGAUUAGCCUCACAUUUUUUCCUCACUGAACUCUAGGUUCUUCACUUCCUUAAUGCUUUGGGUGAGGGCGGGUGGGGAUGCUGGGGAGACCACUUCUGUGAGAUUUAAGUUGGAGGAGACAUGGGUUGAGGAAAGAGGAAUCAGAUUAUUUCACUGGGUUGCAAAAGAGGUUUUCUAACAAGCCCCCUUACAAUGGCCUUGAAAGCUCAAUACGUUUUUUGUACCUCUUGUAAAUGUACCACUGUACAACAGAUUCAACUCAACAACCAGAAUUCAGGAUCCAUCCAGAAUCAAAGAAUGUAAAAUCUUUCCCAGCAGAAGAAUGCUACUUUUGGCCAGACAACCUUGUGGGUUCUUAAUGCAUGUUAAAUUAGGACUUAUGGCCCAUUAUAAUACAUUCUUGGUACAAGUGAAUAUGUUCUUUGCUUUAUGUAACACCAAUAAAAAUCCAAAGAAAAAUUUUUGAUUUGGAGGUGAUGGUUCUCUUUACAUUUAUAAUAUUAUUUCCUUACUUGGCACAUUUAAAAGGUGAGUUCCAUUUGGGUUUACAAAAGGAAAUACAUAUAUUUGCUUGGAUAUGAUUAGAAAACUUCUUGAAGAAUAUAUAAGAAAGUAUUAACAGAGGAGUUUUAAUUUGAUUAGCCACAAAAGCAGCCUCACCCAAAAAAGAUGUUAUUUUACAACGAAAAUCUGUUUGCUUCAGUUUUCAUUUUCCUCUACAGCUUAUCCCUAACUGCUAGCUCUAGUGGUAGUUGUGGUUUAGUUGCUAAAUCCUGUCCAACUCAUGGCUACUCCAUGGACUGUAGCCCACCAGGCUCCUAGUAGGCCACUCUUUUCUUUUCUCCUGAUGUCUGUGUAUCUUUCUGCAUUAACCGCAUGCUUGGAAAUACUUGAACCUGUUCAUUGUUUUCAGCAAAGCCAGGCAGGUCUGGCUGGUGCUCUGAGUGAUACCCAGUGGCCAUAUUUCUUCAUCAUUGGACCCGGCAACAGACCGUUAAUUCCUCUUGCUUGUUGCAGUCAAUGGAGUGGUUGACAAGAUCUAGAUAUGUUCCAUUCCAGGCUGGCAGAUAUGUGCUCCGUGUAUUAUAACUCUGCUGUUUUGGCAGAAUCUGUCCCGGAAGGAGAGGUUCAGGCUGCCCCCAUCUUGUAUCAGCACAGCAUUCCUGCUUCCCUUCAGAGGGUGAGAGGUUAAUUGCAUGCAGAAGGGAAACCAAGGCAGAGAAAGGUAUGAUUAGGGGAGGUAGCUACUCCCCGUGAAUUAGAAUGAUCUCUCGGUCAAUUCGCUGUAGGGAGAGAGUAGCCAGUAGUUUAUGGUGCCUGGGAUAGGAGUAUGCAGUUCUGGUCUGAUGUUAUUGUCAGAUUUAAAUUAGAGGAAUGUAGCUUCUCAAUCUCAGAGUCCUUAAUUAUUGCUACUUCUGUCCUGUGGACCUCCUUGGAAUUUGUGUGGGCCCAGCAGGAGAUGGAAUCAGCAAGCCCAGUCGCUGUUGCCUAAGUACUUUAGACACACUGGUCUUUAGCUCCUCAGUUUGUAAACAUUGUGGUACCCCUUUGUGUACUAGAGAGUUUUUCUGAUUUCUGGGAAUUCAUGCUUUUCUUAAACUUGUCCCAUUUCCUAAAUCUCUUACUAAUCCUCUUUCAUUUUAUAAAUGUUACUAGGUAGCAUCACCAUCCAGUUGCAUAACAUUUUAUGAUUUUCCAGGUAUUUUCACAUACUUGGUUUCAUCUGGGCCUCACCCCAGCCCUGUGGGAUAAGACAGACAAAAGAAGGCAUUACCUUCAUUUAUUUAUCAGAUGAGGUAUCUGAGGUUUAGAGCCAAUGACUUGGGCAUGGUCACAAGGCAGCAAAGAGUGAGCCUGUGCUCCCGCUCUAAGUUCUUAUGCUUUCCUCUCUGUUCUCAUCCCUGACACCUGAGGGAACCACAGGAGACCUUCUCCCAGGAAUAUGCCUCCUGAGAGGCUGAGGUCCCCUUCAGGGAGAAAUAAAGGGUGAAGGGUGACUCUGGACAAGAUGACAUUUAUCUCCAUUCACCUGCUGAUGUCUCCUGCCUCAUGGCAUUUGGGGGUUCCUUAAACUUGUAAGAAUCCCCCAGGUAACAGGCUGGGUAUCCAGCAUUAGGAUCCUGGUUGAGUAGACUGGUCCACCCACAGGUAGGGUUGGAGGCCACAUCACAGGCCCUGUCAGAGCUGAUCUGAGAACAUCUGUAGGAAGAGUCAAUGAAAAAAGCACGAUGCAGAGCAGUGUGUGUGGUGUGCUCCCUAUGACACUAGCAGGGGAAGGGAGCGGUGAAAUUCAGCCUUGACUAUUUUUAUUUGCAUAAAGGAACACUGGAAAGUUGUAUUAGAAAACACUGAAAGUGGUUGGGGGUAGAGAACAGGGUGCAUAGUGACAUGGGUGAAUUUCUUUCAGUUUACAACCUUUUAUGUCAUUUCUAUUAUUUUAAAACCUUAAAAUUUGAAAUAAUUAUACAUUCACGGAACACUGCUAAUACAGCACUGUACUGCACUGCAUGGCAUGAGCUCGGUUUACCCCAAUGGUGACUAGAGUACAGUAUCACAACCAGGAAACUGCCAAUCUUCAGAGCUUUUGUUUAGGAUUGACCAGUUUUAUAUGUGCUCGAAUCUGUGUGAGUGUAGGUCUCUGAGGUUUUAUCGCACACGUAGAUUCGUGUGAGCACCACCACAGUCAGUUGCAGAACUACCGCAUCAUCAGGCAUCUCUCUGGCUCCCCGACUCACAGUCCCACCCCUCCCCUCCCCCACCCCCACUCAUCCCUAUCCUCCAACAACCAUGAAUCUGUUCUCAUUUUGAGGCUGUUAUAUAAAUGGAAUCAUACAGUACGUAACCUUUGGAGUCUGGCUUUUUCUUUUUUUCACUCAUUAUGAAUCCCUUGAGAUCCAUCCGAGCUGUUCCAAGUAUCAACUGCUCAUUCCUUUUCACCUCUGAGUAGAGUUUCCCCUUGGGAGGGCUGUACCAGAUUGUUUAACCGUUCGUCCUUUGGAGGGCAUUUGGGUUUGCUGUGACAUCCGUGUACAUGUUUUUGUGUAGACCUAGGUUUUCAUUUCUUUAGGAUGAAUGCUCAGGCGUACAGGUUGCAAAGUCACAUGGUAAGUGUAUGUGUAGUUUGCCAAAACCUUUUCCACAGUGGCAUUUUGAUUUUUUCAAACAUGAGUACUAAAACAAAAUAAAAAAUGGGGACUUCCCUGGAGGUCCAGUGGUUAAGACUCCGUGCUUCCACUCCAGGAGGCAUGGAUUUGAUCUCUAGUCAGGAAAGUUCCACAUGCCACAUGGUGUGGCCAAAAAGAAAGCCCCCCCUAGAUGAACCAAACCCCCCCCCCCAAAACCAAGGAUAUUAAUGUUG